GCAGUGCCUACGGCACCUGGGCCAUGGCCCUCAGCAUCAACAAGACCUGGGCCAACUACACUGAGUGCGCUCUGCUCUUCUCCUCCGAGGGCCGGAGCCGUGAGAAGGAGGUGUUUGACCGCCUGCACCUGAUGUACACGGUGGGCUACUCCAUCUCCCUGGCCUCCCUCAUCGUCGCCGUCUGCAUCCUCUCCUACUUCAAGCGCCUGCACUGCACCCGGAAUUACAUCCACGUCCACCUCUUCACCUCCUUCAUCUGCCGGGCCCUCAGCAUCUUCGUGAAGGACGUGGUGCUCUACUCAGGCCCCCUGGCCAGCGAGACCGACAGGAUGAGGGAGGACGACUUCAAGGCUGGAAUGGGACCCUCGCAGGGACAACGGAGCCACCUGGUUGGCUGCAAGGUGGUGGUGACUCUCUUCCUCUACUUUCUGGCCACCAACCACUACUGGAUCCUGGUGGAAGGUCUCUACCUGCACAGCCUCAUCUUCAUGGCCUUCCUCUCCAACAAGAGCUACCUGUGGGUGCUCAUCAUCAUCGGCUGGGGUCUCCCUGCUGUGUUUGUGUCCGUCUGGGCCAGCGUCAGGGCCUCGCUGGCCGACACUCAGUGCUGGGACCUCAGUGCGGGCAACAUGAAGUGGAUUUAUCAGGUGCCCAUCUUGGCUGCCAUCGUGGUGAACUUCUUCCUCUUCCUCAACAUCGUCCGGGUUUUGGCCUCCAAGCUCUGGGAGACCCCCACGGGCAAGCUGGACCCCCGGCAGCAGUACAGGCAACUGCUCAAGUCCACGCUGGUGCUGAUGCCGCUUUUUGGAGUCCACUACGUGGUGUUCAUGGCCAUGCCCUACACCGAGGUCUCCGGGGUCCUGUGGCAGAUCCAGAUGCACUACGAGAUGCUCUUUAACUCCUCUCAGGGUUUCUUCGUGGCUUUCAUCUACUGCUUUUGCAACGGGGAGGUGCAGGCAGAGAUCAAGAAAGCCCAUUUUCGGAGGCUCCUGGCGCUGGACGUGGGGCAGAAGGGCCGUGCCGGGCGCUGCUGCUGCUCCAGGCCGAUCCCCCACGGCCCCCCGAGCUGCAGCUCCAGCCUGGCGGGGCAGGGGCUGGGGGGGAACCGGCGGGGGCUGCUGCUCCCGGCCCGCCCCAGCCUGCCGGGAUUCAUCCCCAGCUCGGGAUACACCCCCGGCUCCUGCCCCUCCCAUCACCUCCCGCACUGCCCCACCCAGGAGAUGAGCCAGAAAACCCGGGGGGAAAACACGGUGGAUCUGACGGACCUGACUCAGUGCCACCCAAACCUCACCAAGGAGCUGGAGACGAUGCUGUGAAGGGGACGGGGGUGACCCCAAGCGCCUUUCCCAGCUGUGCCUGGAGAGAUGAAGAUGCUGAUCCUCACGCUUCGGGCUCCUUCUUGCAUGGAGAGCCAGGGUAGGGAGAGCAGCUGGAACAUCCCAGCUCUUUCUCCCUCGCAGCCAAGGGACCUCGUGCUCUCACUCCUCC